AUGUUUCGCAAAUGUCAAUUGCCAUGUGCAACGACCGAAACCAACGGCCAGUGCACCGGAAGAGCCGCUCAAGAAGCGGUGCUCUGUCACGAAUACGCCCAGACUGGACGAGGAGCUCUCAUGUACGGUUUCUUUCAGACGAAAGACGGGACAUUUGGUCGAAUUGAUGAGUUUCUGGAUUCGCGGAUCAUGUUACCCGAGGACGCUGAAGAUGCCGUCCUGCGGUCCGAGGUCGCCGAGGCAUUCGCUUCAUUCCAUUCAAUGAACCACUCUCUCGAGCUUCAGCCAGUCGAUUCGUUCUAUGCAGCGAUUAUGGGCGGGCUCGGCACGUUGCAGGGCUCCGACAAACUCAAGUCCAUUGGCAAAGCAGGAGGUGUAGAUGUGGACCGGUUAAUCGACUACGAUUUUGCCACGAGAGUGGGAAAAAUUGCUGAUAAACUGGCGUCUAUGGGCGCCAAAACGGGACUUUGUAUAAACGACGUGGCCUAUAUGAACGUCUUGGUAAAAAACGCGCCUUUAAAGGAUGAAGAAAGUAGGGUGGCUCUGAUUGAUUUUGAAUUCGCACUGCACAACUACCGAGCAUUUGACAUCGCUGCGCACUUUGCGGAAAAGACAUUUACAUGGUCCGAGGAGGAGAGCAAAGGGGCUGAAAGUCGAAAAUACACAGACGAUGAGAAGAGGCUAUUUUGUGAGGCGUACGCUAGACGAUGGAACCAGUCAACGGGGGGUGCCGAUACGGCAGAGCAGGUGUUUCUCGAGGCACAGCACGGUUCCAUGCUGAGCAUUGCAUGGAACGUGUACAAUAUGCUUUGUGUCGUAGAAGAUCAUGGAGAGAAAGGAAGUUGCAAUCUUUCGGGACUUAAUAAUCUGCUGGAAGAGUUUGAGGCUCAGUUUACUCAAUUAGGCUUGAAUGAUUAA